GCGGGCGUCGCGGCGUGGUGACGUCAUCGAGCAGCGCCGCGAUGGCGGCGCCGAAGGUGAAGCAGGACAUGGCCCCGCCGGGCGGCUACGGCCCCAUCGACUACAAGCGGCACCUCCCGCGCCGCGGCCUCUCGGGGUACAGCCUGUUCGCGCUCGGCAUCGGGAGCCUCCUGCUGGGCUACUACACCCUGGUCAAGUGGAACCGCGAGCGCAGGCGGUUGCUGAUCGAGGAGCUGGAGGCUCGGAUCGCGCUGAUGCCGCUGCUGCAGGCGGAGUCCGACCGCAGAACUCUCCGGCUGCUGCGGCAGAACCUAGAGGAGGAGGCCAAGAUCAUGCGGGACGUUCCCGGCUGGAAGGUGGGGGAGUCGCGGUUCCACACGGAUCGCUGGGUGCCCCCGACGCCGGACGAGCUCUACUUCCUGCGGCCGCCGGCCGAGCUGGACCACGAGAAGUUCGGGCUGCAGAGCUACGUCUGAAAUCCCAGAUCCCAGAUCCCGCCUGCCCUGGUCCGGCUUUUCCCAAAACUUCCCCUCCUUUUCCUGUCGCUUUCCCGGCUGUUUGCUCCGUCCUGAGCUUGUUCCAGCUCCUGUUCAAUGAUAAUGAAUAAAUUAAUAAAUAAAAUAAAUCUGUGUGGGAUUGGGAA